GCAGACAACGGCCCGCUCCAAGCUGCAGAGCGGCGCGGCUUCAGAUGCAGCGGCUCGCCCACGUCCGCGACAAACAACUGGUUUGUAUAUAUGUCUGUUGUAAAGCUUGCUGGCUGGCAAUCCUGGCGCGCUGACGAUGAAAGUACGGCUUGAUGCCACGCUUUUCGGCGCGAUAAAAGCAUGCUUCGUAGGGCAAUUUGGGAUAGUUUGUUACUACAAUUGAUCAAUUGAACACCAUGGCGCGUACUGGCGCUCUACUCCUGGCCGCGCUGGCGCUUGCGGGCUGCGCGCAGGCUUGCAUCUACAAGUUCGGCACGUCGCCGGACUCCAAGGCCACUCACACAGGCGACCACUGGGAUCAUAGUCUCAAUGGCGAGAACUGGGAGGGCAAGGACGGCGCGGGCAACCCCUGGGUCUGCAAGACUGGCCGCAAGCAGUCGCCCAUCAACGUGCCCCAGUACCAUGUCCUGGACGGGAAGGGUUCCAAGAUUGCCACCGGCCUGCAGACCCAGUGGUCGUACCCUGACCUGAUGUCCAACGGCAGCUCGGUUCAAGUCAUCAACAACGGCCACACCAUCCAGGUGCAGUGGACCUACGACUACGCCGGCCAUGCCACCAUCGCCAUCCCUGCCAUGCGCAACCAGAGCAACCGCAUCGUGGACGUGCUGGAGAUGCGCCCCAACGACGCCUCCGACCGCGUGACUGCCGUGCCCACCCAGUUCCACUUCCACUCCACCUCGGAGCACCUGCUGGCGGGCAAGAUCUUUCCUCUUGAGUUGCACAUUGUGCACAAGGUGACUGACAAGCUAGAGGCCUGCAAGGGCGGCUGCUUCAGCGUCACCGGCAUCCUGUUCCAGCUCGACAACGGCCCCGAUAACGAGCUGCUUGAGCCCAUCUUUGCGAACAUGCCCACGCGCGAGGGCACCUUCACCAACCUGCCGGCGGGCACCACCAUCAAGCUGGGUGAGCUGCUGCCCAGCGACCGCGACUACGUCACCUACGAGGGCAGCCUCACCACCCCGCCCUGCAGCGAGGGCCUGCUGUGGCACGUCAUGACCCAGCCGCAGCGCAUCAGCUUCGGCCAGUGGAACCGCUACCGCCUGGCUGUGGGCGAGAAGGAGUGCAACUCCACGGAGACCGAUGCUGCCCACGCGGACGCCGGCCAUCAUCACCACCACCACCGCCGCCUGCUGCACAACCACGCGCACCUGGAGGAGGUGCCUGCCGCCACCUCCGAGCCCAAGCACUACUUCCGCCGCGUGAUGGAGGAGACCGAGAACCCCGAUGCUUACACCUGCACGACCGUUGCCUUUGGCCAGAACUUCCGCAACGCCCAGUACGCCAACGGCCGCACCAUCAAGCUGGCCCGCUACGAGUAAGACAGGAUUGGCAGAAUUCGAAACUACUAUGUGAGCACUGUUCGCGCGCGUAUGACACUGGUCGUGGACGAGAGGAAGAGCGCCUGCGGCGCUAAAAGCUUUAGCACGGAACUGAAGCAUAACACACGAGGUCGGGUUAUCGUACUGAACUCGGAAGGGCGAGGCCGCUUACACUGCCGGAAGGUAGUUGGCCUCGUGACUGUGAAUGGUAGCAAAUCGAGUGAGGUUUUUUUUUGUAGGUCGGAUGCGUUGCGGAUGGAUCAAGGAGGAUCAAGGUGGGGUUGAUUGUGAGGGGUUGAUAAGUACACCGGGAACCCCGAAGGCAGGAGCGGGGAGCCGAUGGCGGCGGUGGCAGAUGCUUUCCAGCGUACUGAAUAAUGGCUGCCCUGCCUGGAGGUUUUGAGCGAGUGCAGUUGAUACCUUUUUUGAGGUAGUUGUGGCGCCUUGGCAUGGUUUUGCCGCCGGCAACGGCCCUGCCUUUGGCCGUGCGUGGUGCUUGAGGGCUGACCCCAUCCACGGCCCAUGGGUGAUCAGGGCAUCAAGUUUCGUGCCCCGCACCGCCACAUCACGCAAUAAACGCGUUGAUCUUCCCAUAUACUGUUUGACAUCGGUUUUCAGGUCGAUGCUAACUAAUUUCACGGCUGAGUCACACAAUGCUCGUGACCAUUUAUGCGGCGAUGGAUGGCGGGGUGACAGUGCAGAGCCGUAGGCCCGUAGCGCAUUAUGUCGUUGGAGGCGGUGUGUCAGACUUCAAAUCGGACUCGAACUCGCGACGUGAAUGAUGCGUGUGAGCUUCACAGGCGUUGUAGCUUUGUGCAUGGUGUACGAGUGGCUGCAAGAGAGCACAGCUGCUUAGGGCGUGUAAGUAUCACCGGUA